AUGGAAGUGCCAUCCAAUGAGUCUGAGAGCACUGGACCCCCUUGGUUGAUCACCCCGGACAGUUUAAUUGUAGAUUAUGAAGUUAAGAGAGCAAUACAUGAAUUAGUGAAAGGUCACUAUAAAGAGGCAUGGACUGGAUGUGGAAAAGUGCCCAAAGAUGUGAGGCAAAGGAUAUUCAUUGCUUUUAAGGGCAUUUAUACAUGGGAGCCACAGCAUGAGUCGUCAGUGUUGCGACAUUUUAGAAGUGAAUGGCUGAAAAAAAAUUUAUAUCUUGCACAUAAAUUGUAUAAGGCUCCAUUUCCAUGGAUGGCUCUUGUAGUUUGGGAGGGUUUGCAGAGAUAUUGGGAGUUAGAGGAGUUUAAGAGAAUAAGUGAAAAGAACAAACAAAAUAGGGCAGAAAUUGGAAGCUCCUCCACAGUUAUUUAUCAUGGUGGAUCUGUCAGUACUGUUGUGCACCGCCUUAGACUGGCGGAGGAAUUGGGUAGGGAGCCGACACCUAAAAAAUGUUUUAUCCGGACUCAUGGAAGGAAAGAUGGCACACUUGAGGCUGGGCGUGCCACAGAAAUUGUUGGUCUGUAUGAGCCUUCAUGUUCCAAGGCUAUAAGUUCAACUUUUGGAUGUAUGCCUGAAAAUCAAGGCGUAGAUAAGGAUUCUAUCAAUCAAGAUGAAUUAUGGGAUGAGAUAGCUAUUGGAAGUCGUAACAGAGUUGUAGGAAAAGGUAACAUUAUCAGGCAAAUAUCCUCAUCCAAUUACAAGCCGCGCUCGGGGCCUUCAGAAUCAACUGAACAACUCCGCAACAAAGUUAAAGAGUUACAGGAGGAGCUUGCUAGAUCUCGUGCUAAGGCUGAUGCUGAGUUGGCUCGACGUGAGUUAUUUGAAUCAUCAUUGCUUGCUGCACUUCGGGGUACAAGGUAUUGA